CUCAGUGUUAUUAGCAUGGGAAAAUAACAUCUGAGAUGUUCCAUCGAUGCAAUAAAAGUAGAAGGAAGCCGAGAGUGGUUUUACGUCGAAAGAAAAGUGAAGAAGCAACUUCAGUGAUAUUCGUCAGGAGUCGAUCGUUGCUUCAUUGCGAUCGGCUAAAUAAAAUGGCUGCAGUAAAAGGUGUCAUUACACUUUGUCUGGUUUUGGGGUUUGCCCUCGACGGCUUUGCGAUUCCUGUUAAAUCGUGGCACAAAGGUGAGUUUAAAAACAGUUGCUGAAUUUUUUCCAUGGAAUUAAGGUUAGGAUGUAGUGGUGCUUUUUCUUUGGUUACGUUUCCAGAAACGCAACGCUAUAAUAACCUUCGACUUGUGCAACCCUCUUGCUCUGGCUUUUUAAAAUUCUUUCGAGGUUCAGCUGAUUUACCGCCGAAAAUGUCGCUAUUUUUUCAAUAUACAACAAUUUGCAUGAUUUGCACAUAGGGUUGGAAAAUAAAAACGUCUAUCGGCAGAAACAAUACUAAAAUGUUUGUAAAAAUUUUCCUGCUGCUCUAAACUACAAUAGCACGCGCCGUUUUUUGAAACAUUUCCAAAGUAAUAUUUUUGAAAAGGUUUCGAUUUCAUCGAUCAUAGUCAGCCUUUUUACUGUGCCAAUACUUCCCGAAAUUCUGUAAUGCUGCUAUUGUUUGUUUGCGUUCUUUAUGUCAAACAUUUUAAUCAAUUGUUCUUCAAAAGUCAAAUGGUAAAACGACUUUUUUUUCUUAGAAAGAGACGACUCUUCAGAUGAGGACGAAGAAAUAUCGAAUCAUAUUGCCAAAGCUAACAAGGGUUUGUAUGACCGUACCUGAUUAGGACCUGACAAUGUUUACACUGACCGUUUUUAGAACCAGCUUAUUAUAUCUGUGUUUACAGUGGUGAGGGCAAGGAAAGGGAUAACAGUUAAUCAUAUUUAUCGCAGAAAAUUUUUAUUUUUAUUUUUAUUUUUUUUUUUUCUGUGAGGUCUAAAUGUUCUUCUCUCUUGUUAUAAAAAUGAACUUGUAACUUUACGAAGUGUGAUGGCAGAGUUUAGUUACACUGAUAUGUGCGCUCUGGGUAAUUUGUUUCGGUAAUCUGAGUUGCGAUUUGUUCGGGAAGGCGCAGUAAUGCAUUCAUAUUCUCCAUACACUUUGAGUAUCACCAUUUGUCGUGGACGCUUUGUAAAGAAGAGCGAUUGAACGUACGGUAAAAGUCCCCACAAUAAAGAUCGUGCCACGUUAAAUGAAAUGCUUCAUUCAUUUCAUCUGGCAUGUAUCGUUUACUGAACACGUUAUGUAUACUUAUUUCAUCAGCUGUCGCCGAAUCCUUAUUUGAGGGCGAUAUCGUUCUGUCUCCAUUUGACCUGAAGUUUGUGGAUACCCGUGAGGAGGGAGAUGUUGACGGAGACCUGGAACCGCGUCGACGCAAGAGGAAUGCUGACCGUAACAGACGGAUUCUCUGGCAUGAUAAGAUAGUGCCUUACAAGUUUGAUCCAGGACUUCCAGGUGAGAACAGCUUUUCGCACGGUAUUAAACAUCGAAGGAAAAGUGCAUGAUCUAAUUACCUCUUGUGUGAGUGUUUUUUGGUGGUGUUGGUGGAGGCGGUGGUGGUGUACACCUAAAAAGGCCCGUUAGCUCAACGUUAGCUCCGGGUUCCUCUUUCAUUGAGGACUGCGUCCCUUUAGCCUGUCAGCCCCGCUGUACCCCCGGAAGCCCCGUGAAAGCUUGCUCGCAGGAUAGCAUCCCUUGCUCUCUUCUAACACGGAGCUUGAGUGAUUUAUCGAUUGAUCGUGACAUUCGGUUUUAAGGGGUUUGCAUUAAAGGUUUGGAGAGAAGUGACCGCUAGAAAGUAUAUCCAAACCAGCCGGAGGGACCUAAAAAGAUUGAAAAAAAUUGCAUCAUCUCAACUCACACGGCACUGCAAGUGGCACACAUGUCAGUCCAGCUUCUGCCCAAACGGAAUGGGAGUGGGGGGAGGGGAGGGAUUUGAUUUUCCAUCUGGGUAUUUGCGUUUAUACCUUAUAAAAGUACGCCGGGCGACGUAAUUUAACAAUUUCAUUUAGAGCAUAUCUGCAUAACCUUGAAAUGACUUAAAUCUUUUUGUUUUUGUUUGUUUUCGUGCAGCUGAUUAUAUAUCCAGCGUCAGGGAAGCUAUUGCAGAGUAUCACAAACAUACCUGUCUAAAGUUCGUUGAGAGAACGAAUCAGCCAAACUGGCUUCUGUUUGUUUUUAAAGCUGGGUAAGUUUUCUACUAUAAAAUCUUGGGUUUGAUCCAUGUUCUGUUGGUUGACAGCUACAAAACUUCGAACGGAAAGCUUUGCUUACGACUGAUAUACGAGUGUUUUCUCUUUUACUUUGAGUAAAAUGCCUUCCUGAGGGAUUAAGCUACACAAAAACUCCAGGCAACCAAUGAGAUGGCUUCUUUUACUCCUGACUGAAUACACAUUUGCAUAUAGAUUGAACAUAGCCUGGCACCUCUGAUGUACAUAUUUUCACAAUCGCUGAGUAUCAUUCUUGUUUAAUUUGUUUUAUUCAGGUGCUGGUCUAGUGUUGGGAAAAAGUAUUGGAGGUAUGACUACGGGCAAGAGGUUUCACUGGGCAGCGGUUGCAAUCACAAAGGAACCGUCAUGCAUGAAAUAAUGCACGCAAUUGGCUUCUGGCACGAGCAAUCACGACCAGACAGAAACCUUUAUGUAGAAGUACUCUGGGAGAACAUACUGGACGGUACGCCAAUAUAAUCUCAACAGUAAAUAGAGUUAGAGUGAAGGUUUGGUGUUGGACUGAAUGUAUGUUAUUGACUUGCUCUCAAUGGCAGUGACUUUUUAUCUCAGUUGGUUAGAUUAAAGCAUCGCUAAUGAGAUCUCCACGGUUCCCCGUUGAAUCCCGAUGAAGGCCUGAUUUUUUUGAUGCAGUGUGCAUAGCCACCAUGAUCCUUAAAAGAGUUGAAACGAGCAAUCAAAAUAUAGUGACGAAAAGCGGAUUCCGAAAGACAAGAGGAGACGAUGUGUAUGCCCGUAGGUUUACAAAAACCACCGGACUACUUUCAAAAUUACCGACGAUCGGUCCGUGGUUAACCUGAAAAAAAUCCGACAUUACACGAUGCCACCACUGGUUUACCCGCGAAAUGACGUCUGAGAAACGAGCGCCGAAAUUCCCUUCUGAUCACACGUCACUUUCCAGAUCUGGGUAGUGCUUCUGAUUGGUCCUGCCGCGUGGGGGAAAUUUGCUUCAACCAAUCAUAAGCUCUACCCAGAUCUACGUAGUGAAGCGUCAUCAGCAUUUAAUUUCUGCGCUCUUUUCUCAGACGUCAUUUCGUUGGGAAACCAAGGGUGGCGUCCCGAAAUGUCAGCUGUUUUUCAGGCUAGCUCAUGCUGUCUUAGAACCGUAAAUGGAGGUUGGGUGAAGGCAGCGCCCCUAAAAUAGCUAAGGUUGAUUUUGUAAUACGAUAUACAGCUAUUUUGAUAGCUAAAACGUCGUCCGAUUUUAAGGCCUUAAGACUACAAUACUCGUCACAUUAGUUGGGGCAGCAGUGGUAUUUUCUGCCCCCUCAAUAUUAGUUUUUGCCAGUUGGCAUGUCAGAAGCAAAAAAAUCAACGCUGAGAAGGAAGAAGCACAAGUUUUUGUCGGAAUAUGUGUACGGCACGGGGUGUCCCAACUUAGUGUGACGAGGAUUGUAGGUAGCAAGGGCAUGAGGGUGGCUGUAAAUCCUGUGUAAUUUGGUCAUAAUUUCACGGUUGUCAGAUGAGUAACAUAGAAUGGUAUAUUAAACGAUUUUAAGACAGAUGAGUUACUUCAUGGCCUUGUUUGGCAAUGUUCUUUUCUUAAAUUACCCACAUAUUGCUACACAUGCAUUCUCGACGUGUAGGCUUUCCAACUUUAAGAAGUGAAAGAUCUGUCUUCAUACUAUUCUCUACUCCAGGCCAGUCACACAACUUCAACAAAUACGACCGAGGCAGGAUAGACACCCUCCACGUCCCUUACGACUACGACAGUAUUAUGCAUUAUGGUAUAGACAGCUUCUCUAGGAAUGGCAAAGCUACUAUAAGAUCUAUUAAAGACUCUGCAAGAUCACUUGGCCAGAGAAAUGGAUUUACCCAACUGGAUAUACAGGAAAUCAACUCACUCUACGAAUGCAGCAGUAAGUGGAGUGGUCUGUAAUAAAAGGAAGUAUUGGUUACCAAAAUGGCCUCUACUAAACAAACCGAAAACAGUUAAGUGGUCUGUGAAAGGGUGACAGAUCAUAUAACAAUGUAGAUGUAAAAAAUCAGGUAGCCUGUUGUAGAAGAAACAGAAAUGUCGCUCUCAAAAACCUAUUUCCUCUAAAGUUUUUUUUAAAAAUCCUUUUCUUCUCCUGUACCAGCGCAUUUUUAGUCCCUUUUUUUUUUGGGGGGUGGUUGAGGGGCGCUCAUUAAAAGGGAGGAGCCAAAUGGGAGGAAGCUAAAGCAAAGACGUUUUGAGCGACGCACAUCACCCGGAAGAUGAAUUUUUGCAUUCUCGGACAGUGGUUUUGCCCACAUUUUCGGUCAAAUCCACCAUUUUAGGUUAAACACUAAGCAAUGCAAAUUUGUUAGCGUCAAGACAUAUUAAAAGAGAAAAGGGCUUCAAACGCCACUGAUUAAGCUUUCUUUAUAAUAUUUCAAGCCUCAUGUUAUAGCGCUUGUUUGAAGGAGGGCGCUAAUUCGAGCAUUUGCGGUGUUAAAAUUCAGCUUGUAAUAAUCAGUAUUAUACCUGCUUGCCGGUAAGAUAGCUUUCUGGGCCCACAAUAAUAUCGAGACACUCGAGAAAUGGGUUCCUGUAAACUUCGUAAACCACUAUAUGUUAAAUUUCCUCAAUGCAUCUUGCAUCAGUGGCCCUUUUUAGCUCUUCUUUGGUUUGAUUGUUUGAUGGUUUUUGAUGUAACAGGUGCGAAUGGUCCCGGAUGGAGCAGGUGGUCAGACUUUGGUCCCUGUGGUGCCAAUUGUAAAAAGUACCGUCAACGUUACUGCACGUCCACAAACAAAGAUGUCCACUGUCCUGGGCACAGUAACGGGGUAGAGACAGAAGAACGGGUUUGUCCCCACCAAGAAUGCUACGGUUAGUAUUAGGAGGAGGAGUGAGGGUUUCAGUGGCGGAUGCAGGGGAGGGACCCGGGGGGCUCGGCUCCCUUCCCUUAAUUUAGACCAAAGUGAGCCUGAAGGGCCGAAAAACUUUUUUGGGGAGAUCCAUUUCACCUGAGAGCCUGGAAGGCGGCACCCAAGGCCCGAGCCUUUUGGAAGUAAUUCACAAACGUUUUUCGCCCAGGCUGCUGAUUUAAAAGCUUCUGCCAUGUUCUUUUCACUUCCAGUGUGUGGGUUUAUUUGCUGUUAAAACAUGAAAUAGAACUGACCUUGUAUAAUUAGAGACCAAAAUAUGACUGUCUAUUUGGUACCAAGUGUAGUCGUCCUGUUUAUCUGUAACUGGAAUAGCCUGCGUAGCAGGCGUCGAAAGGGGUAGGGGUAUUUGCACCUGCCACGCAGGCUAUAACUGGAAUAGAAAUUUUAUGAAUGCUGUCAUUUUUCAUAUUACAUUCCUUCUUCUUGCAGCGCCCGUGGAUGGACACUGGGGCCGCUGGUCAUCAUGGGCCACGUGCAGCAAGACAUGUGGAAAUGGAACAAAAGUAAGAACGCGCAAAUGCGAUGAUCCACCACCACUAAAUUCCGGAAAAUCCUGUCCUGGCGAUGAUAAAGAACAAGAAGCUUGUAUACUGAGAAGGUGUGGCUUGGGUGAGUGGGCAAAACAAAAUUAAGUUAUUUAAACUGAGAUCGACUUUGCAUUCAACAUGUAUUUUUUAUUAUGCAGUUCAAUGCGAAUCUACUAAAUUGUCCUCACUAACUUCUUAGUCUUCUUACGAGCGAAGGCACAUGACAUUAACUUAUCAAAACAGCCGGGUUAUUACUCCUAGUUGCUUUUAAACUGACCAAAAGAUGGCUCUAUUUACCUGUAGGCGCUGAUGAUUGUGACUUUGACUUCGCCGAUGGAAUGUGCCACUGGUCAAAUGACCAAUCCAGCAGUUCAGAUUUUAAGUGGUUAUUAGGGUCUGGAUCGACACCCAGCAGCCUCACGGGGCCUUCCGCUGACCACACAAGUGGCGCAGGUAAAAAAUUGCCCACUAAUCUAAUUAAAAGGGCCUCCGUUUUAUAAGAAAACGACGAAAACGGGUGGCUAGUCCUCUUCACAGUUUAAUUAAGCGUUUCUAUUGGUUUACUCGCGAAAUAACCCUCGCGGGAUGUUGGGAGAAAUUGAGUUUAGAUGCCGUUUUCUAUGAGUUUACGGGUAUGAUAUAUGAAUAGUAGUUUUUUUAUUGCACUUAUUUUAUAAUGCAUAGUAUACUGGAGUUUGCUCAAAACGAUGAAGCUAAAAGAAUAGAUUGCUUGAAACCUCAUAGGGAUAAAGAAAAUGAUAAACCGGACCUUAGACCCACCUCCUGUAAUCCUUGAUCAUCAAAAUGUGACAUAUUAAAUAAAGAAUCGCAUAAUUAAGUAAAAUCUCGCAUUCUGAUUGGUUAACGAAGCGAGGUAUUUAGUGUGGAAUUGCGAGUUGAAAACGAGGCUAAGCGAUAUUGUUUCGCAUCUACCUAACAACUAUCGUCAAAUUCUAACACAACAACAUGCAAAAAAGGUUUUCUACAAUGUCAUUUUAAAAUGUUUUCAAAACCAUUCAUUGUCACUUUUUGAAGAGUUAAAAACAAACAAAAGCGUUUUUUAAAGUGAGCCGGAGGUUCUUCCUUGUUUUGAACUGAACUACAGAUUCUCGAAGAGACAUAAAACCUCUUUCACUCGCGACAACCAGAAAACAAGAAAAUCCUGUGAACACGGCCCAGAAAAUGGCAAUCCAAAGUUCAACCAAACAAAACGGAGAAACGACAACGGAGGAAGUGCCGGGGUCGAUUGUCACAUAUACAGAAGAAGAAAUAAAUACCUUCAAAGAGGACAUGGCCCCUGAAAACACGAAAAAGAGUACGCCGCUUGCAAUCGUCCUGAAUCGUGGUACUUAGAAAAGUACAAAACAGAGCUGAACUUGAACAGCAUUUCUAAAACAUUUCAAGGUACUUACCUUAUGUCAAUCGCGACGUUAAACAUCUUAAACUUUCAGUGCUUUCGCUUGGACACUUGAUUUCUUUCCGUUUUGCCGCCGAAGAGGUAAAAGGUGUAAAUUAUUUUCCUUCUCGAGCAAAUGACCAAUUUGAAAAAAGACGUUCUACAUAAACGGCUUCUAAAUUCAGUAAAAUACCUCUAUUUAUCCUUACGAUUAGUGUGAAGCUUGUUUACAUGUAAAAACGUUUGAAAACAAAUGUAAAAACAAGCACAAGGUACAAAAAAGUUGUCGAAGGUUCAAACGUGUACGACUGACCUUGCUUCCUAUUCGCUAACGCAAUGACAGUUCUGACAGUUGACUUUGAAAUGCUUUCUGGAGCGCGCGCUCAGGAUAAAAACAAACAAUAUUAUUGCUGUUUUCUUUUUUUUUUCUUCUGAUUUUUAUUCAAUUAUGCGAUUCAAGGAAAAUUCAUUACCUGACUCGAGAAUUCCACGUUAAAUUGCACUUGAAAACCGAUAUCGCACUCAUCGCUUCGCGAUUCGUGCGAUAUCGGUUUUCGCGUGCAAUUUAACGUGGAAUUCCCUCGUCAGGUAAUGAAUUUUCCUAUAGAAUGUCAUUCUCCCCAGGCAAGUAUCUUUAUGUGGAGGCUUCCAGUCCCGCGCAAGAGGGCGAUAAGGCUAGGUUACUCAGUCAUCAAUUUCCGUCAACUGCUGCUCGGUGCCUGUCCUUUUGGUACCACAUGUAUGGCUCAUCAACUGGAAAUCUUAGUGUGUAUACCCUUGCUAAAGAUUUCAAAAGGACUCUACUUUGGCAAAAGGCUGGUAACCAAGGAAACCAAUGGAUGCAAGCAAAAGUUUCUAUUACGAGUAGCUUAGAAUAUAAGGUAUGGAAAUUGUGUUCUUACCGAUGAUACGUUCUAGGGGAGUUGUGAGCGCGCAAAAAAGAGAGAGCGCUGCAAGCGAAUCAAAAUGAACAAGAACGCUAUUAAUAUCGGCGUUAUGUCUCGCUUGCUUGGAGAUUAGAUGAGAAAUGAGGAGGCGGUUAUUCUAGACGAAACAGGAUUUACUCGCUAAAGGUUUUUCACUUCCUACUUUAUUGACGGUCGAGUAUUCUUCAGGAAGUUUCCUUUUUAUAUCGUAUUCUACGAUUUGUUUCUGAAUUGAUUUAGUACGCGUGUACGUCUGCGGUCGCAGGCUAUACGCGUGUAUAGUUACAAGAAAAUUCGAGAGAAAUUACAUCGUGAUGAGAACCUGGCACGUCAUUUAAAUCAUCGCCAAAAUUAAACCGCAUGCUCAUCACAAGACUCAUUUGCAUACAAUAAAAGUUUACAACACCCGACCAUUUUUUUUUCGACCACUCUUUCAAGCGAUAGAAUUCGUGGACCGACCCGUUCCGGAAAAUCUAUAAAUCGGAUUUAUUAAUCUUUCCUAAGCUUUCUUCGCAAAACAUGCGUGGCUUCGGUUACGCAACGAUUCUUAUUCCCAGUUUCCACGAUCUCCGCUAGGAACGCCUGGGUCCCCAACGCCUCGUUUGUGUUCUAAAUACGAAGAAAAACCGCUUGCAGAUUAUGAGUCUCGCUGCUUACGCAAGUGAGACUAAUUACGACUGGAAGAUUGUAAUGAUUGCAGGUUGGGUUCAAUAGUGACCAUAAAACAUACAUUGCGAUAAUGUUUUCUUGAAAAUUAGACGGCUUUCUUCAGUCGUACCGCGUAGUAACGAAUCGUCUUCGUGUAAACUGUGUGUCUUGUGAGGUAUUUGGACUCGUGUGUUAACUGUGUGUCGCCAAGGCUUGGUCAUGCGGUCGAAACGAAAUAGGGAAUUAAACACCAUUUCUCUUGGCAGAUCAGAGUAGAAGUAGUCAUUAUCUGAGUUCCAGUGAGUCUCUUUAUCAAAGCCUGGUAUACAACCAUUGAUACAAAAAUCUUUUCAUUUUCAUACGAAUGGUUGUUCACCUGGCGUCGCUUUGAUAAUAAAGCUUAAGUGCACUCGGAUUAUGCUGUUAACACUCUGAAGUCUCAAUUUGGUUUGAAAAUUGCGCUGAUUUCAGUUUAGUAUAUAAGAAGGCGUUUAAAUUACCGGUGGAAGACAUCUUCCCGAUCUAUAAAGACUAUUCUGAAAGAAAUAUUUUUGCGCAGGUUGAGAUUGAAGCGAUAAGAGGCGCGAGUUUCCGAGGAGACAUCGGACUGGAUGACAUCAGUUUUACCGAUGGACCGUGCAGUAAGUCUCCAUCAUAACUUUACUUUACUUUAUCUGUCCGUUCGAACGGAGGUGUGGUAGAGCGUUAAUUCUUUCGAUCAGCCGCGAGUCUGAGGGCUAUGACAAAAGGAAUAUUGUUGUGAAAGAUGUUUGCUGUGACGAUAGGGAUGUUGUGUGCCCUUAGGCUGUCUUUGAAGCACUUAAUCCACACCAGGUCUUACGUUAACGUCCUCUUGUUUUAUAUGCGGACACCUUCUAGUGCUUUGUGCUUGCUUUGCCAGCUGGUUGGUAUUCAAACUCGUCAUAACACCGAACCAUUUCAUUCUCUGUCGAUAUGAUGUUGAAACGUUGCCAAUCCUACCAUUUCUCUGAUCUUGCCCCGUCUGGUCUUGCUGGCGGCCCUUCUUAAGCAUCUCAUCAUAGAUGGUGAUUUUGCAGUCUAGUCUUGUUGUGAAUGUCUAUGUUUGACAUUGGUUAUAGGUUAGUGUGGGAGUGGAAAUCGAAUUAAUGAGCUUCACUUUGGUCUUCAAAACACCUUCGAAAAAUUAUUAGAGUCAUUUUAGUUGUAACUGAGUUUAUGCUAAAUAAUUAGUACCUCGUGAAAGUGCUACAUUAAUUUUCUCCAUAACUAAAGCAAGGAGUAAGAGAGUUAGUAGAUAUUUUUUAACACUUAGUAAAUCAAUUCAAGGAAGUGCAUUGUAGAUUUUCUUUAGAGUUGUGAUGAUAUAGUUUCCCACAUCUUCUAAGUGAUGUUUUACAUGUAUUUUAACAGUGGAAGAAAUAGGCUGCUAUAAAGAUAACCCCCAAAGCAGAACGUUUCCGCUGGUUGUGAAAAACCUUCGAUCUGAAAUAGAUUGGUAUCACCUGGAGAAAACUGUUCAGAAAUGUGCCUUGCUAUCCAAACAGAGAAACUACAAAGUAAGUCACUUAUAAUGCCAGUGGACUCUGUCCAAACUUCAGCUACUUCAGAAAUUAUCAUGAUUAGUUAUUUAAUGAAUUGAGUAGGUAGGCUGAGUAGGAUCACCCAGAUAAGUGUUUAAUCAUGCACGAGUAUGAGUGUGAUGAUAGUCUUAGUGAGUUGAUCGCUUUAUAUUGGCGAUGGAUUAUUAUCGCUUGUCAGUCCCAGGCCGGAGGUUGACGGGGGAUGAGUCUCAAACAAAAAUAAACAAACAAACAAAAGCCGUUUUACUCUCAUUUCGUUUUCCAUUGUCUUACGAAACCGGAAGUAACAUUUUCUUCAUAAAAGGUGACUUAAUAGUAAACGUGAACACCUGUGAACGGCUUUGAAAGCAACAAACUCAAAGAGGAUUAAAGGCCUUUGUUUGACCGAUAAAAGUGUGGGAGUGUCGUAUAAAGUUUCGAACCAUGCAUUAAUGAAUUAUUACCAAUGAUUUUUCAUUCGAUUUGCACCAUAAGGAGAAGUUUUAGAAAACAACGGCGGCGGGGGCAAAAUGCGAGAAAAUGAAAAUGCAAUCUGAAAGAGAAGCCCCGGACAAGUCGAGAAGCUGGUCCUUUGCUAAUUUCCCUGGUCAUUGGUCUCAUUUUAACCAAGAGCGUAGGUAUUUGAUGACUGUUGUGGUUGGACAAAACGCAUAUCGUCAGAUUUUUCAGCCAAAUGUUUCCCCCCGGGUUGAACCAUUGUGAAGAACGAACUAAGACGAAAAUUUAUAACGUAACUCUUAUGCUAAUUAUUUUUUUAUUCUCGUUCGGUUCCUUAGAUAUUUGCAAUACAGUUUUACGGCGAGUGCUGGAGCGGCGAAACAUCCAAGGUUCAUUAUAAUCGCUUUGGUGCAGUUGAUAAAUCUCAAUGCCCGUUUGGAGUCGGAGGACCGAAUGUUAAUGCUGUUUAUAGGAUCCUUCCAUAG